AUGGAUGUUGCGCCGAAGCCAGCAGAUAACGAGAUGCCUCCGAAAAGAGAAAUUCUGGACUCGGUUGUCGUUCACUCCCUCGUCGCCAGUGAGGCUCGAGAAGUGCCAGAGAGCGACGACGACGCGUCUCUUUCGGAGUUGUCAAGUCUCGGAGAGGCUUCUGAUGAUCAGUGGGAGACAGAAUCUAUCUUCGAGGAAGCGGUUCAGUUCUUGAGCGACGAGCAACUCCGCGACGGAGUAAUUCCGGAUGCAUUCACACUGGAAGAAGCGCGAGCCCUUCGCAAACGCUUGCGUGAAAUUGGUGUGGCAGCAUUCCUUGCGGAAAAAAUUUACCAUGACAAGAUCCCAGCAAAGAAACUCUGCACAGCGUUUGGAAUUAUCCCCCCAGUUUUUCUUGAGGGCGCGCCCGAUGAUGUCUAUCUCAACCCUUUAUAUAUGGGCAUAAAUCGUGAAUAUUCCAAGCGCUUGAAACUCCCACAAUACAAUACCAUUGAUGAUGCUGUCGAGCUUCUGAAGCGAUCAAAGAACAUUAUUGUUUUGACUGGUGCCGGCAUUUCUACAAGCUUAGGGAUUCCUGAUUUUAGAUCGAAGGAUAUUGGCUUGUAUGCAAAGCUCCAAUACCUUGGACUCAAUGAUCCACAAGAGGUAUUUGAUAUUGGCUUGUUCCUUGAAGACCCAACUAUCUUUUAUUCUGUUGCGAAGGAUAUUUUACCAAUAGAAAAGAGAUUCUCGCCGACCCACGCGUUUAUCAAGCUACUUCAAGAAAAAGGAAAACUGCUCACUAACUUCACCCAAAACAUCGAUAACGUGGAAGCCAACGCCGGAAUCCUCCCAUCUAAGCUAAUUCAGUGUCAUGGUUCUUUUGCCACUGCCACUUGCAUUCAGUGCAAGACCCAGGUGCCAGGAGAGGCCAUUUUCGAGGAAACUCGUAAGGGAUUAGUUCCACAGUGCCAAGAAUGCCUAAAGCAGCUCAAAACAUGUCAAGGAAUGAAGCGGAAACGCAGCUCAAAUGGAAAUCAGAAAAAAGAUCGAAAGAAAUUUUCGAAUAUCGAUUCUGAGGACGAUGACGAUGACUACACUAUACCACAUCCGGGCAUCAUGAAGCCUGAUAUUACUUUUUUCGGGGAAGACCUCCCUGGCGCUUUCAGGCAUCGCCUCAUAGACCACGAUCGGGAGAUUGCCGAUCUUGUCAUAGUUAUCGGGACAUCAUUGAAGGUUGCCCCUGUUUCUGAAGUGCCCGGGAUUAUGCCACGUGAUGUCCCACAACUAUUUAUUUCUCGGACACCUGUUACUCAUAUAGACUUUGACAUCGAUAUGUUAGGCGACAGCGAUGUUGUUGUUGCCGAACUCUGUCGACGCGCCGGAUGGGAUUUACAGCAUGAGAUGAUCCCCGCCGAACAGCAUAUCCAGGUCGAGAAAGAAAAUGGUUUCGCGUCUCGGUAUCGAUUUACUGCUGAGACCACAUAGCGGACUCUUCUUGUUUCCUUUUGUUUUUACUGGCGUUGGAAAUGAAUUGUUUUUGUGCGGGCGACAUUCGGUCAUAGACUUAUCCUUCAAAGAUCUCGCAUGAAGGGAUGGAAGCUUUUUUGUCGGUGUUAAAGUCAUUUUUACAAGAGAUUCCCAGCAGGCGUCAUGAAUCAUUCAUCUUCUACGUGGUUUGCACCUAUUUUGGAUGCUUGGCGUCAAGGAUUCGGGUCGAGUAUCAGUUUAUGUUUGCGAUUACCGAUUAUUAUGAUUUUGA